UGGCGGCCGAUGAAAAUUGAAAACAUUUACAUGUAAUUAAAAGGUUAGUAUAAAUUUACACAAAUAUUUCUGGCGUGCUCCCUUGCAUAGACAUAGUGCAUCUGUUAUUCAUUAGUUUGGUUUUAUUGGUAUAUCAAACGAAGCUUUUGCAGUUUUCUGCUUUUUGCGGAAAAUAGAAGUCACAGAAUCCUCGAAGUCGAUGGACAGGGUAAAAUUUCAAAUCCUCAAAGUUGGUUACAAUCUUCCACUAGCUGACAUCCUGCUGCUAAAUAUAUCUGAUUCAGACUGAAUAUACGCAUAUGAGAUAUAAUUACAAAAAUUAUUAAUUAUUAUGUAUUUUUGAAAUUAGAUAAAGGCUAUGAGAGCGGAGACUGGACAAUUCCAACAAUGAAGUUAGAUCAACAUAUCCAAAAACUUGAAUAUGGUGACGAAAAAUUUUCCAGAAUCACAUAUCGAUUGAAGCUGGAACGAAGACCUGGAUACUUCAUCAUGUAUCUUAUUGUACCCACUGUUCUCAUAUCUUUGUUGGUCCUCUUCAGUUUUAAAAUUCCGGUGGACAGCGGCGAGAGAAUCGGAUUGUGUACAACAGCUUUGUUAGCCAUGAGUGUGUUCCUGCUCUUGAUCGGUGAACAUUUACCAGAGUCUUCAGAAAAUCUCCCACUUCUUGCUAUCGCCUCUGUCCUAAUAAUGAUUGAAAUCACCUUGAGUUUCCUUGGCACCAUUGUUGUCCUAAAGUGCCACUAUAACACGUCCAAACCACCCAAGUUCCUUAAAGUGUUAUGUUGUAUUAAGCGAGAUGCACAAGCAACACCCUCGAUCGAUGCGGAUAACUUGGAUCCUAAUGCGAAACAACCUACGGUACACGCCUUAUUACAAGCACAGAUGAGUAUGAUAGACAAAAAGGAGGAUAGAUAUCAACAAGAAUGGAGGAAAAUCGCUAAAACUAUGGAUAAAAUAUUUUUCUAUCUUUUCCUCACUACUCUGGUUGGUACUUUAGCUGGUGUUUAUAUUCUGACGCCAUACAUUGUAAAAUUGGAACGCGAUCUCUAAACUUCACUCCUUAAUUGGAAUAAACCAAAAGGAGGUUCAUCCGAUUUCUUAUUUGACUUGUUGAUUAUUGACAAGAGUGUCGACACAUGGUUGAUUCUGUGCAUAUUGGCUAUUAUAUAUCACUGGUUGUUGUACAUGCGGACUGCAUGGUCACUCUCAUAUUUUUCAAAAUAUCAUAAUACAUUGUCAGAAUAGUCAGGAAAAGUUUAACUUUUCAGGAAAAGCUUAACUUUUCAUAAGCAUUUUAUCACUCUAAUUUCUAAGCAUUUUAUCACUCUAGAGAUAUUUAGAUUCACUGAAGCGGUAAAUAUAAUAUAUAGUUGAAAAUGAUUGAUUUUACAGUUAUAACAGCGUAAUGAUACUGCGCGUAAUUGAAGUAUCUAAAGACUAAAUGUAGUUGAGUCAACUGAAAUUUAAGGGAACCUAGACCUGCAUGUGAAACAAUUUAUUUCAAUCAACCUGGCGGACUUUUAAGGGCGCUUUCCAUUAACAUUGUCAGACCGAUCAGUGUUCACCGCCAUUACAUUGAAAUGGAAAACGCCGUAAGAUGAGGGGGCGAAUGGGGAACCAUGAAUGGUUCGACGAUAGUUGAUUGUUUGUAAUCAUGCAUGUCUUUUCAUUCACAAUGUAUUCAAUAGUAUACAAAUUUAAUCUGUAUCAUAUAUGCCGUUGUAUCAUAUAUUCGCUACCAUGCACAUAUUAUAUAUAUUAUGUAUCGUGGAAGUGGAACUGCAUGACACAUGUAGACUUUAGAACUUAGAGGUAUUGUAGAAGACAGGAUUUAUUCUUGUUAUAUUUCUUAUUAUUGUCAUGCAAUAUUUUACUUUAACUUAAGUGGGUAAUAUGUGAGUAUAUAAUGCCUGCAUAUUUUUCAUGUUGUUUAUGUAUUCAGUGGCCAAGAUUAAGAGCGUCCGUGGGAAGAAACAAACAUGCAUGUGUUGAUAAUAGAUAAUGUUCUUUGACUUUGUAGUUCAAGGUUAAUUGGAUAAGCGUGAUUGUAUAUUCAAUCUUCUUAAAUAUGGAUUGUUGUAAGUAUCACAUGAAUGUUUUAUUAUGUUUGAAAGUGAAGUGGCUAUAAAUAAAUUAAAAAUUUAGUUAUAUGUAUUUUUGCACUAUCUGAGCUAAUAAGAACGAUGAAUCAAAAACUGCGAAUUUUUAACCCGUGAUUGUUACAUAAAUAUAAUUUCGUUGUUGUCAUAUAAAAUCUAAUCAGUG